AUUUAAACGCCAGUUCGUCGCAAAAACGCUUUUUGCAAGACACAUCCGGCUCUAAACUAUAAUAAUAUGUACGUUAAUUACAUUCGGGUCAUUACAACAGAAGGGAAUAAAUUGAGCAAGAUGUUAUCGUCAAUGUCGAAAGUUAAGGCUACGGAAUAGCGCACUUAAAUAAGGCUAUUAUUACGAUUUCACCUCCACCUCCAAGGGAACACAAAACGGCGCAGCUGCACUAGCACUUAGGUCCUCGACAUGGGGGAGUUCACUGUGACAGUCUUAUACAUCGCAGACGGAAACACGAGUGAACAGAGAUCGGAGAGCUGCGAUGGCGAACAGAACAGGCGUCCGACUGAUGCUACACCGAGCAGCGGAGAUUAACGCUUCGGCUUCAAGCGAAAAAUUCUACGUCCCCUUUUUCCCGCCUACUCCCGCGGACAUGUGGUUUUGGGCGAUUCGCUGGGUGAUUUUUAUUAUCACCGCAGUUGGGAAUGGACUUGUGAUACACCUUAUUAUGUCGCGUACACGGCUUCGUGUAACGCAAAACUUCUACGUGUUGUCGCUAGCGAUUGCUGAUCUAUUUGUGGUAGUUGGAGUGACUCCACCUGAGUUUGCAUGUAGCGUGUGGUACAACUGCAAUCGCUGGCCUCUUAAGGUCGUCUACGACAUGGCUAUUUAUUCCUCUGUGUUUAAUUUAUGCGGCAUGACUUUGGAUAGGUAUAUCGCCAUUUGCCAUCCUAUGAAAUACCACAUCUUCACGCAGAAGAGGACGAUUGGUCUCAUUAUCGGAACGUCAUGGGGACUUGCGAUUCUUACACCAUUACCAUAUUAUUUCUGUCUCCUUAAAGGCAAAUAUACCGCAUUUCGUUAUCUCCAAAUGAUGAUCCGCUUUUUCUUCGAUAUACUCCCAUUCUUUAUCCUAAUAAUUGCUUAUUUAAAAAUGCUUUACGUGGCGAGAAAACAAAAACGCCAGGUUCAACAUCAAAGAAGUCAACUUAGCCACAACUAUGACAUGGAGCGAGGAUCGCCUAAACCCAAGCUACGACAGACUUCAUCAGUGAGAGUGAUAGGAUCUGUUAUCAUGGUAUUUGUAGCGUGUUACACUAUUGCAGCCUAUAAGGGAUGGGUAAACUACGUGCAGUUCCGGGAAGUGCCUGAUCAAGUAAUUGCAGUAGCACGCAUCUUAUACCAUGUGAACUCUGCAGCUAACUGCGUUGUCUACGCAUUGUUUAAAAGUGACAUUCGAAGGGAGUUGAAAAGGUUGUUUAGAUUCCACGUCAAUGAUACUCUUGCAAGCUCAAAUGGGAUUUCUGUGGCCUUGGUCGAGAGGGUUAAUAAAUGAAUGGUGUCUAAUUUAAAUUGCAAGUUGUUCAAUGAGGAGUGGUGGCAAUAUUUAAAACGUAUCUUGUUUAAAAGGACGAGCUAUGCGUAAGAUACAGUCCUAACUCAAAAUCAUGGACUGGCAUCUUAUCUGAGAUCUUAUCUUAUGACAAGAUUACCAAUAAUAAUUUAUUUUUUCAUCAAAUUAUCAACAAAUAAAUAAUGAGAACAAAUAUUGUUGUCAUUGGAAAAUUACUUCCAGUGGUAUUUCCCUUUCCGAAAGAUGUUAAUAAAUAGUCGCAAGUCGCAACAAAAA